CCAAAAAACCUCUCCAACAUUCCAGUGAGCCUCGGGUACUUCACACAAUCAGCCCACCUCGCUCACGGGGCCGUGUAACGUAGGGGAAAGCUUAACGAGUCCUCGUCACUUUUCGAGAAGGAAUGGUUCGGUUCUCUGCGCGAACAGGUGGAGCAACGACCCAAUAGAAGGCGGCUGAGGGGGGGUGAGGAUGUGUGUAGAUGCCAUAUCAAACUACCCGUGGCCCUAGGUACCUUAGUUUGCUGCGGCGGGGUGCUCAACUGGGCGACUGCCCGGGAGCAAGCAUGUCUAUCGUCCCAGGAACGGCGGCUUGCUGCCUCCGGCAAGCGCAAGGGCCCCACGCAACAGCUUCGGGGUCUCCUGAGCCCGACCGAACACGGACGGAUUGCCAACAGGCGGUGCAAAGUGUGGGUUGUCAUCCGGGACCGCCAUCCAGACUCUCUCAGAGAGGCCUUUGCACUGCUGACCCGGCCAGCUUCCGAAUGCGUCAACCCGGCAUGGCCUUCCACCCCAAAUCGCAACCGCCCCAGAUCGGUAAUAAAGAAAAUACAAAUACAAGGCCGGCCCCUCCUUCCCUCUUCCCCAGGCCCUUCAAGAAACUUUGCUUGAGACAAAGCCCGUCUGCCACGUUCAUUGAGGCACCAGAAGCAUACACCAUCAAUACCGGCUUUCCCCCGGCUGCCACUCUAGUGUCCCAUACCCUGUCACCCACAGGCACAGAACAAAGAAAAAGAAGAUUCACCGGCACAACAUCGCUUCUGGAAGGCAACGUCGAUUCACCGAAGAACAGGACCGUACAGCAGCGUCCACGAAGAGUAUCAAGGGGAAGAUAGCCCGCCGCUAGUCGGAGUCAGAGCGAGGGAACCUGGUUCAGAAGACUUGGGUCUGCGCUGCAAAAAGGUCCAGCAUCCCCGCGGGAGUCUAACGACCGAUUUGUUGAAAAGCACCCAAACCGACCAUCGCAUAUCUGCACACUAUCGGGGCCAGCUGAAAGCCCAGCCGCCUCCUGACACCGCUAGGUGCACAGACAGACCAGCAGCCCGUUGCCGCUGCUAUUGCCGUUGCCGAUCCACACACGAAGUCCUCCUAGAGAGCUGGUCUCCCCGAGCCUUUUCUGACAGCAAGGC